AUGCUACCGAGGAGUAUUUCCACGCCACUAGAAAGCGAUAGAGAACAUAAUGAGGUGGUCCAACGCAUGGACCAUUCUGCCUCGGCUCGGAUCCAGAAGGCAAGAGAAAUUAUCAGAAGAGAUCUGGAUGAUAUGAAGCUCCCUGCUAGCUCGAUCAAUGCACCUCAAGUGGAUUCGGAAAGAUGCGCUCUGAGCUUCGCUCCGGAGAACGAAGACCCAGACAAAAUGACGAAUAACACGAGGGGCGGCUGGCGAAAAUCAGCGAUUCGCCGGCGCGAUCAAGACAGCCCCGUUUGCAUCAUUUGCAUUUCUGGCAUGGAGAAGUGUCGACCAAAAGCCUGGUACAGUAACUACUUGAAGAACUACAUGUUCAACUUGGACGACAGCGGCGUAGAUGAGGGAGAAGAAGUUCAGCAUGGCCAUCUUGGGCCUGUUUUCACGCAGCAUGGGACAGCUUUUCUUUCGUUCUGGAGCAAGAAAGCGGCGUUCUUGAGCUUCAGAUUGUUCCAAGAAGAGCUGCCGCACUUGAGGCUUGAAAUUCUACCGAGUAUCUAUUGCCAAACAAUGGUUGACCGGGAGCCCGUGCUAUUCUUCGUUAAUCCCAAGUCUGGCGGUGGGCAGGGAAAGAAAGUUGCUGAAGAAUUGAAAUACUACUUCUCCAGAUACCAAGUCUUUGAGCUCCACGAAGCUGGUCCGUUUCCGGGCUUGUUUACCUUCCGAAACGUAGCCAAGUUUAGGAUAAUUGUUUGCGGCGGCGAUGGGACGCUUGGCUGGGUUCUUCAAGGUGUGGAGGACCUGCAUAAAUAUUUGACUUGCAGUCAGCCAGCAAUAGCAGUUCUACCGCUGGGAACUGGAAACGACCUUUCCCGAGUUAUGGGCUGGGGAAAAGGCUACACGGGAAAUGACCUCGUUCCUAUUCUUCAAUGUAUUCAAAACGCAGAAAAAUGCUUCUUGGACAGAUGGAAUAUUCUCAUCGACUCGUAUAAACGUUGCGAUAAGUGUGAAGGACGAUUUACUGAUCCAACCAUCGCUGCUGAUCUUGCCCAACUAGGCCGCUCGUCGGAAACCGACGAUAGCGACUCUCAAACUACUGAUAAUUCUGAAAUGGAGAUCUACAAGCGCAACGAGAAGAUGAAACUCGAGCGGCAAAUGACUUUCCAAGCCGAGGUCGAUGUUCAAGUCUCGUUUGCUGGGGAUGGAGUCUCGCAAGCUACUGGUGAUUCGAUCAGAACUUAUGAUAUCGAAAAUGCAGAAGUGCCGGAGGCGCACUGUGAAAGUUGUAUUCAGAGGGGUGUCAAAAUGGUUACAAUGAGCAACUAUUUUGGUAUUGGCCUAGACGCAGAAAUCGCCCUUUCCUUUCACCGGAAUCGCCUGCAAAACCCGUCCAAAUUCAACUCUCGUUUCUUCAACAAGUUGAACUACUGCAAAGCUGGCUUGCAAAAAUUCAACGGUCCGUCAAAGCACAUAAACAACGUAAUCACCCUCACAUGCGAUGGCGAGGAAAUUUCGCUUCCAGAAAUACAGGGACUGAUCUUUACAAACAUUCCCUCCUGGGGGAGUGGCAAUGAUGUCUGGAAGGUGCCGCACUCGUCUGGAUCGCAGGAGGGCAAGUGGAUUCCGCAGAAUAUUUCCGAUGGAGUAUUAGAAUGCAUAGGAAUCACUGGCUUUUCCCAUCUCGCCGCGAUUAGCAGUGCUGUCCGAAGUGGCAUCAGAAUAGCUCAAGGGACGCAUUUUAGAAUUCAACUUCUGUCGAAUAUUCCUGUUCAAGUUGAUGGCGAGCCUUGGGAACAGAAAUCGUCGCAAAUCGUUAUAUCCCCGGGUGGAAUACAAGCUCGACUUUUGAAAAAAGCCAGAAGGCGUUAA